AUGCCCAGCAUAGAGAAGAACAGGAUCCUCCCCUCGCCGUGCCCGCCGAGCAGCGAGCCCGGCACCGUCUUGGUUGAAACAGAAAGGCUCAUCAUCCGGCGAUAUCUCGUCUCAGAUGCCCCAGCCCUGGCCCUGGCUGCGAACCAUGAACAAGUCGCCAGCUACAUGAGCGACCGCUUCGCCAGCCCAUACACAACUGCCGACGCGGAAAAGUUUAUACGACAGACGUUCCACGACGAUGAUACAGCUGCAUACCCGCAUGGAGCAGCAAUAUUACUCAAGCCAGGGUUUCCGGGAAACUCUUCAGCAACAGAUGCGCUCCUCAUUGGCGGGAUCGGCACUCAUGCUUUGACAGACAUUCUCUACAGGACGUGGGACUUGGGGUACUAUCUCACGCCGUCAGUGUGGCGUCAGGGCUACGGAACGGAGGCGCUGAGGGCUUUCACCCGGUGGGCGUUUGAGACGUGGCCAAUGCUGAACCGCAUACAGGCUCAUGUGUAUGAGAGCAAUGCAGCGAGCCAGAAGUUGCUGCAGAAGUGUGGCUUUGUGCUGGAGGGGAGGGGGAGGGGCGCCGUUGAGAAGGGCGGGAGGAUUAUGGAUGAGAUUAAUUUUGGGCUUUUGAGAGAUGACCUGGAGUGUGUUGGAGAGGGCUCAUGA